CAAUAAGAGAGAAGGUUCUUGGAGGAGGGAGAAAUAGAUCUCUCCGGCAUUUUGCCUUGAGGUAGUUUGAUUUGUGUUCUCUGCUGCAUGUUUGUACUUCGUUUUUCCUUUCAGUGAUUUAUGAUGCUUACAUAUUUGAUCAUACAGGAUUUAUUUUUUAAGUGUGUAUUAUGUCAAGACUUUUAAGAAGCAGACGGAGUGAAACAGCAAGUUUAAAAAUUAUAAGAACUGAAUCGCAUGUGUCAACUCAAUGGGCAAAUGCUUCAUUUAUGCAUUAUCUUCAUCUAAUUGAUUAUGAAGGAAGAGCUAAUGCUAUGGAUGUGAUACCUUGGUGCUGUAUUCCAUUCAGUCAACAAGGAAUAGAACGAUAUUGUGCAUUAAAUGCAUUCCAGGCUUAUAAACCAUAUAUAAUGGAGAAGUUAUCAACUUGCGAAUCGAUGAUUAUUCCAGUGUUACUUAAAAAAUUGCUACAUGUUUGUGAGCUAUUAAAUAUAUUUUCGGAUAAUGAAGAAACUGUAAGUUUGUACUUUGAUAUACUUAAUUGUUUAUAUGAUCGGUGCUAUGAAGAACCCUCCUUGUUUAAGAGUAUUUGGAAUAAAAUGUGUGUUACCACUUUUGUAAAGACUGCCAUAUUUGAAAAACUUAUGAUUAAAAGUCCAAAGUAUAAUUCUCCUAGGUUUUUAAAAUAUGUGUUAGAAAUAGCUAAUAGUGCUAAUUUUGAUUUACACAAUUUUCCUUUUUGUCCUGUGACUUCAGCUCUUCUAAAUGGAAAUUCAGAAUAUAUGAGAAUCUUAUUGCAGUAUGGGUUUGAACAGAAUGCGCAGCGAUUAACAGUCUACAACAAGUAUUUCUUGCCAUGUGCUAAUCCUCUAUAUGAUUUACUGAAAAGUCCACUUGAAACAAGAACAUCUAGUAGGACUGCAGUUAUUACAGAAAUUCUUUUGCUCUUAAUCAUAAUAGUUUCUUGCAAAUCUAUUAAAAAACGUCUAUCGAUUGUGGAUUGUUUUCGUCUGUUGUGGAACAGUAUUUCUUAUCCUUUCAUAACUGAACAGGAGCUACAAAAUGAAGUACGUAAAUAUUUCACAUGCUAUAACAUAUGCAAUCUGCAACGCUUUUAUCCAGCAAAUGCAGAACAAUUUUUUAGGUUAGUUGAAAUAUACAAUGAAAUGCUACCAGAAAGUGAAAAUAUCCUCCAGCCUCGAACACUAAAGCAUCUUUGCAGGUGUGUUGUGAGAAGACAGCUUAAAAAAGCAUGGAACCUACCUCAUGGCAUCCAAAAUUUGCCUGUUCCAAAUUGUAUACGAUCAUAUUUAAUGCUUGAAAUGAGUAAAAAAGUAUAAAAAUGGGACAAGAAAGAAAGGACUUGUUGCUUCAUUUAUAUCUUUGGGCAAAUGAAGCAGGAUUUCAUUAGGAGACAGUCGUAUACAAAUCAGUAUGAAAGGAAAUGUGGUACAUGUGUAGUUAAUGGUAAUAUUUAUUUUCAGAUGAAAACAUGAACAUUUUACCUCAAUAGCAUUAUUUAAUUUGGUUUUACUAUUACUUUAUUCUAAUAAUUAUUAAUUUCAUUUGAUGUUUUUUGUAACAAAUUGCUCAUAUUCUCAGGAAUUUUGUAGAUAUUGAAUGUGUAUUUUUUAUUGUGCAAAGAAAGCAAAAAAGUAUUUUUAAUUCAUAAUAAAAUUAAUUAUAUUUAAAAAA